AUCUGGUGCUGACAUGUUAGUAUGGGGGACCCCGAAAAGGCUUGGUCCGGCCCUGGUCCCUGGUUCAGUUUCCUCCGGCCCUGGAACGGUGCCCGGUCUGUGGAGACCUUCCCACCGCAGCGGUGACCCUGAACGCAUCACCCGGAGGUGAAUGAGGCCGGGCUCCGCGCUCAGCGCAGUCUGCGGGCUCUCAUCAUGCGGCUGGGGCUCCUGUGUCUGUGGACCGGCUGGAUGCUCCGGAGCGCCGCGUCGCAGCCUCCUCAGCCGGAGGACGGAGGCGUGCGACCCGGCGAACAGCUGCAGACCGACCCGGGGGGAGUCCGGACCGGGUUCCGGAGCCAGAGCACCGGAGAACCGGCAGGUGGAGCCCGGAGGAGAGCAGCUCUGAGCGGACCUCGUGUUUGUGGAGGUCGAUGUUGUCUCGGCUGGACUGUGUCCCCUAAAACCAGGAGGUGCACCAAGCCCAGAUGUUUUCCUUCCUGCCGUAACGGAUCAUCGUGUGGACUUCCCAACAACUGUCUGUGCGGGAAAGGUUUCUAUGGCAUCCGCUGCCAAUUUUCCAAAGUUCCUCUUCCUGUGGGAAGGCCUCCAGAGACAUCCAGCCAUCCUGCCUCCACAACCACAGCAGCUGGACCAAUCGGGUCCAGUCGGAAACCUGAACCUCCAGGUUCGUUUCAGAAGCCAUUAAACGGUAACGACUCUGGUCCUCUGAAGUCUGGAUGUCUAGCAGGUCAAGCUGAAGGCGUGAAGGGGGAUCAAGGAGAUGUUACCCUAAGGUUUCUGAACCGAACGUCUCCCGGAAGCACAGGUCUGAUGAGGGCAGAUCCAGAUCCAGAGAGGCAAAGCUCAGAUUCAGAACAUGUCCUGGAGUCCAAGCCCCAAACUAACAGAGAAAACAGGAACCCACUGAGAUCCGAGUCCCUGGAGCUGCAAGCAAGUCUGGAAGUUAAAGAAGAUGAGGAUCCGACUGGAGCAGAGAGGAGGCCAGAGGAGAUGAAGAGGCAGAUCCCAAGUCUGAGGGAGGCCCAGUCCGUUCUGCUGAGAAACUCUUUAUCACAAGGAGGAAGAGGAGGCAACAUGGCCGCCCUGCUGAUGAAGCACAUAACAAGAGAGAAGAGGAAGCUACACACACUGACUUCUUCCUCCUCCUCCUCUUCCUCCUCACUAUCCACCAGGAGGGCCUUCCAGAACCAGAGAGGUCGGUUCGACUCCCACCUCGCUGCUCCUAAAGUCCUCUGCCCGCUGCUCUGUAAGAACGGCGGCGUCUGCCUGCAGAUGGACCGCUGCCUCUGCCCCGCUAACUUCACCGGGAAGUUCUGCCAGAUCCCCAUCCCGCCCCCCGGCGCCGCCUCCACCAAUGAGAUCGUCCAGCCGCCGCGGCCCUCCUCCGCGACAGCCAAUCAAGAGCUGAUGCGGUCGGAGUUCCUGCUGCCGCUCGGCCAGAACCGGGCGGCGCCGCCGUCCGCAGACUCCCGCAUGGUAAAGGUCAGAGUUCAGCACCCCAAAGAGGCCAGCGUGAAGAUCCACCAGGUGAUGAAGGUGUCCGGGUCCAGUCCGGCCCCGCGGACCCUCUCCUCCUCCUCUUCGGGUUCGGCUGGCGCUCCGGCCCAGGCUCCGCUUCCAGCAGGUGGCGCUAGAAUCCAGGCCCAGACUCUGAGGGGCGGCGGUACCUACAACCCGCAGUCUGGCUUCAAAUACUGUUUCAGAGAGGUGAAAGACGGACAGUGCAGCUCUCCACUUCCGGGUCUGAGGAGCAGAGAGGUGUGCUGCAGGGGAAUCGGGAAGGCCUGGGGUCUCACCGACUGCAGCCUCUGUCCUGAAGCUCCAGGUCAAAGAAACAGCAGCUGUCCUGUUGGCUUCGAGCGAACCAAUGGAACGCAGUGUGUCGAUGUGAAUGAGUGCCUGCAGCCAGGGCUGUGUGAGAACGGCAUCUGUGUGAACACCAGGGGGAGCUAUAGCUGUGUGUGUCGGUUGGGGUUCAUCCUCGACGCCACACAUGGAAUCUGCAUCUCGCAGAGCGUGAUUUCAGAGGAGAAGGGUCAGUGCUACCGGGUCCUGGGCUCCAGUCGGGGUCCGUAUACCUGCUCCCUGCCCAUCGUCCGGAACAUCACCAAGCAGAUCUGCUGCUGCAGCCGGGUCGGGAAGGCCUGGGGGCCCGACUGCGUGCGGUGCCCCUACUUUGGUUCAGUCGCCUUUAAGGAGAUCUGUCCGGCCGGCCCGGGUUACCAUUACUCGGCUUCCACUCUGCAGAUCAGCCAAAGAGCGGACGGCGAUUCGACGGGCCGAGAAUUCCUGCUGACGGCGCUGGACGCCGCAGAUCCAGUUCCCGGGUCCAGCGGUGUUAUAGCCUUCGGUUCUCAGCAGAGACCUAGUUCGUCCGGGUCACCGUCUGGUACCAGAACCGGUCCAGUCCAGGUCCAGGUCCCUGCUCAGGUAGGUCUGACCGCCAGUUCCAGACCGACGGCCCCUGCUGGUUCAGCAACCCGGAACGCUCAGACCCGACUGGAGGUCCAACAUGGCCGAUCGGACAUCCAGAAUAUCCGACUGGACCUGGCUCUGGCGAGGCCGCAGCCGCCGCUGGCGUUCCCCUCCUCUGUAUUGCGACCCGACCCGGCGCCGGUACCAGCAGACUCUCUGCCGACCCCGGCCCCGCCCCGGACCUCAGAGCGCGGGUCCAGACCUGGACCAGAACCGCCUGGUCCGGAGAGACGGCCGGCUGCAAACCCGACCAACCGGCCCGCCAGAGUCCAGCCUGUCCGUGGUGUGUGUCAGAUCAGACCAGGUGUGUGUGAGCGUGGCCGCUGCGUGGAUCUGCCAGGUGGGAAACACACCUGUGAGUGUGAUGAGGGAUUCCAGCCCAACGCUCAGCGGAGCCGCUGCUUCGAUGUGGACGAAUGUCAGCAGAAUCCCUGCAGUAACGGGCGCUGUGAAAACUCCCCAGGGAGCUUCAGGUGUGUCUGUUACCAUGGUUACAGGCUCGCUGGGAACACCUGUGAAGACGUGGAUGAGUGUGUGGAUCCGCUGCAGUGUCCGGGUCAGGAGUGCGUCAACAUGCCGGGUUCGUACCGCUGCUCGCCCUGCCAGCCGGGACUCGGGUUACUAAACGGAAUCUGCACAGACAUCGACGAGUGCCGGCUGUCCCCGUGCUCCGGUGGCCGCUGCGAGAACACGCCUGGCAGCUUUCGCUGCGUCUGUCGCCAUGGUUACAGGCUCCAGAACAACACCUGUACAGACGUGGACGAGUGCGCGGAGCCGUCUCAGUGUCCGGGGCAGAUGUGUGUGAACUCUGUGGGGUCGUACAGGUGUGUGUCGUGUCGUCCAGGAUACACACUGACCAACAGGCAGUGCACAGACGUGGAUGAGUGUGCGAGCGCCGGAGCGUGUGACGCGGAGCAGGUGUGUGUGAACAGCGUGGGCUCGUUCAGGUGCGACUGUCGCCCCGGAUACCGGAGCUCCGGCCUGGGCAGGCGGUGCACAGACGUUAACGAGUGUUUGGAGGGCGACUUCUGCUUCUCCAGAGGGGAGUGUGUGAACACACCUGGAUCAUACACCUGUGUUUGCUCACCUGGAUUCAGGCUGAGUGAGAACAGGACGGCCUGCCUCGACGUGGAUGAGUGUGUGAGGCCCGGUGUGUGUUCGGACGGCCGCUGUGUCAACACCGACGGCUCCUUCCUGUGUCAGUGUAACUCGGGCUUCAGCGCCAACCCGGAGCAGACCGCCUGCCUCGACGUGGACGAGUGCGUGUCCAGCGGCGGCUCCGUUUGCCCGUCGCGGCGGUGUGAGAACAUCAUCGGCUCGUUCCGCUGCCUCGCCGCCUGCCAGGCGGGUCAGCGGGUCGCUGCCGACGGCUCGUGCGUCGGGCCGGCCGUGUCAGCUCCAGCCUCUGCGGCGGCGGCGGCGACAACGUUCUCGCUGCCCGCUGCACCACAGCUUCCAUCGUCUGCUUCAGAGUCCGGGUCCCGCCCUGAGUCCACACACUCUUCCUCCUCUUCCUCUUCCUCCUCCGGGGUCCAGAUCAGUGCGGUGGACGUUUCUGCGGUUCUGCACCGCCAGUCUGCGGCGCAGCCCGGUGAUCUGAGGGACUGUUACUACAACCUGGCGGCAGGCGGCUGCAGCCUGCUGGCAGCCAACACCACCCAGCAGGAGUGCUGCUGCACCGCGGGGGAGGGCUGGGGGCGGGGCUGCCGCGCCCACGCCUGCCCCGCCCCAAACACAGCUGACUUCCUGUCCCUGUGUCCCAGUGGGUGGGGCUACGUGACGGUGGGAUCGAGCGCCUUCAGCUACUCAGAUGUGGACGAGUGUAAGCGCUUCCAGCCUGAGGUGUGUAAGAACGGCGUGUGUGUGAACAACAUCCCAGGCUACAGGUGCUACUGCUCCAGCGGCUUCGUCUACAGCUCCGCCCUGCUGGAGUGCAUCGAUUACGACGAGUGUGAGGAGGAGAGCUGCGUGGGCGGCGAGUGUGUGAACACGGUGGGGUCGUUCUACUGCAGCUGCCCGCCGCCGCUGGUGGUGGACGACACGCAGAGCAACUGCGUCAACGCCUCGCACCUCACCAGGGAUGAGAACCUGUCCGUGUGCUGGCAGCACGUCAGCGCCGACCUCCUGUGCCAGAGUCCCCUGCUGGGGGCGCAGGUCACCUUCAUCGACUGCUGCUGCUUCUACGGCGAGGGCUGGGGGAUGGGCUGCGCCCUCUGCCCCCGCACCGACUCAGAGGAAUACGCCUCUCUGUGCAGCUCCUACUCUGCAGCGGCAUUCCCAGGAAGCUUCCCAGACUCCGGCAGACCAGAAACCGGGCCGGGGCGAGGAGCUGCCCCCUACGGUCCGGAGUUCUUUCCUGCACAGCCGCUUCCUGACGUAGAUUUCAGUCAAGACUACAUCGACUACUCGCUAGCAGGGCGCAGCAGGUCCGACUUCAGGGCCAGGCCGCCCGUCUCCUUCAGCCCGCCGGACGACGCCUACGGCGGCUCUGAGUUCAGCCCCGGUUUCUACCCGGAUGGAGACUACGGCUCCCCAGACGGCUCCGCGCCCAGGACGCCCACCUUCCGGCUCCCUGCGGACCCCCGGUCCGACAUCGCCUUCGUGCCCCGGCCGCUGCCUCCGUCCAGAUCCGACCCACCGCCGCUCAGCCUGGCGCCACGGCCCGGACCGCCGUACGGUGACCAGGAGGAGGGAGGAGGCUUCAGGGGGUGGAGGCCGGGGGCGGGGCUUCCUCCGUUCACUGACAGAGGAGGCGGCGAGGGCGGCGGGCCACGGAGGGUGUAUGAGAGGCGCUACGAGACGCACGCCAGCCUGAGUGCCACCGAGGAUUGUGGGAUUCUGCACGGCUGUGAGAACGGCCAGUGCAUCCGCGUUGCCGAGGGUUACACCUGCGACUGCUAUGUGGGCUUCGAGCUGGACCUGACCUCCAUGAGCUGCAUCGACAUUAACGAGUGUGAAGACGCUGCUGCGCUGCCGUUCCCGUGCGUCAACGCUCGCUGCGUCAACACAGAAGGCUCCUUCCGAUGCGUCUGCAGGAGAGGUUACGUCAUGUCGCGCAGACGCAACCACUGCAUCGCUGCUUAGACCCGGCGGGACCAGCGACCCGGCCGCUCACUGGACUACCAUUCUGUUGUGAAACAUUUAUUAAUUACAUGAGCUGACCUGCUAAAGGCAGGAGUUUUCAUAAAAUUUAAAUUUAAAUCAUCUGUUGAUUCCUUAACAGAACCAUUAACAGCAGGUUGCUGACCUCUGACCUUUAGCAGGUGGAAUGACACUGAAGUAUUCAGUUCUUCCUGUUUGCACUAAACCGACCGAAGACAGAAGAGCUGAUUUAACAUCUUCCAUGACAAACAGAACCACAUUCUGGUCUUCAUCUAAAGGCACAUCAACAUUCAGAAAACUUUUCCGUUUCAAUCCUGGACAGUUUUAUUUAUUUCACUGCCAAAAAAUAACUAAACAUGAGAAACAAAGAUGGAAAAAACGGCUUCAAAACGACGGUGUUGAUGCGUAGAAACGUCCACCUAUGACCAAAGUAAAAAGUGAAAAUUUAUCCUGUGAGUAGAAAGUCAGGAGAAACAGGAGACGUAACAAACCGGCACCAUGAGGAAGGAUUUAAAAGCUCUCUGUGGUGAGUUUCAAACAAUUGCUGAGACAAAAUCUGUUAUUCACACCACUAAUAUUUAAUUUUUUAAGUCAAUUUUAGUCCCAAUUUUCAUUUCCAAUAAUCUUAAGGAUUAUCAGUAUGACUUAGGAUAAUUUUCCUGCCGUUUGUUCAGGAAUCUGAGCCGCUCUGAAGGAACCGCUCCGAUCUGAAAUCAGGUAUUUUCAUCAUAUCGGAUCGUCUUGGCCUGGUAUCGCAUCAUGUGGCAUCAAACGAGAAAGCAGCAGUCUGUUACGUUUAGCCAAUCAGAAACAGAGAGCAAACUGAAACAGCUGCGUUGGCACGCCAGAAAGUCCAGUAGAAAUCAUCAGAGAUCUCUUGGUAUCGUUUUUAAAAAAAAAUCUUUUAAAAAUAAUCCACAACCUAUCGAUACAGGACCAAAGUUGAUACAAAGUUUUGUCGUCUAAAUUUCUAAGUCUUGCCGUGUGAAGCAGGGAUUGUGUGUAGUUGUUGCUCCUGUUCUGACCAGCAUUGUUGCUCUGAGGCCACCUGAUGUCAACAUCACCGUAUUUCUCUCAACAGGUUUGGAUUUAUCACGUUAACAUUUCGAAUUUGAACAAAAGCAGAUUAGGAGUGUUGAUAUAAAGCAAAGUGGGCCCUGUGGCCUUUCUACAGCCCAGAUUUGAGUAAAUAAACUUUAUUUAUUUGCUUACUUACAGAUUAAACAACAUUAACGAUAAUAAAUCAGGUUGAUGGUUCAAAUCCCUGCUGUCUGCAGCGCUCAGAGUUUGUCUUCCUGAGGACGUUUAUGGGCUGAACGUCAGUCACAUGAAGCAGAUUCAGACUGACGGAGCUGAAGUUUUGCUUCAUAUAAAGUAAUGUUUCCACAUCCUGUUUUAAAUUAAUUAUGUAUCCGUAGAUCAAACAUUUCAUCCCAAAUGACUGUUUUAGUUUCUAGUCACAUUAUCCACAGGAAGAGGCUUUGAAUGGACCAAAUUUAAUAUUGUUGGCCAGAGAAGUUGAUACAAAAAACAAACAAUUAUAACAAUAAUAGAACUCAGAGCUUCAGAUGUUUAAUAAAAACUCUAUGUUUAAGAAAAAUUCAUGCAGAUGUUAAAGUUUAAGGCAAUAAAAUAUCUUCUAGUUUUUGAUUAAAUAUUUUAAUGUUGGUUCUGCUCAACCUAAAUAUACUUGUAUAAAAAUUAAAGCACUCACUGUUGGUCCUCAACAGUUGGAACAUCAGGUAACCAGGUAAUGCUAGCAAAGAUUUUAAAGAUCAGUUGAUAUGAAGAUUAUUUGCUAAUAUUUAAUUGUUUCUAAAGUUGCAGUGAUUUUUUUAUUUUCAAUACACCAAAGUCAUUUAUGGGUUAACAAUGAGUAGUUAAAAACAUUUUCUUUAAUUUUUACCUGUUAACUUACUAGCCAACAGACAAAACCAGAAGGUAUUGACAUUAAUGAGGUCCUUAGCAUUCAUUAGCAUUCAGUCCUGUUAACUGUAAAUAGUUGAAGGGAUUGAAAUCUAAAGGUCUAAAAUCAAAGCUUGCUACUUGCUGAAAUACUUGGGAAAAACAUUUAGCGAUCAACCGCUAACUAUUGAAAUGAGCCGUUUGGUUUGCUUAUUAGCUUGUAGGCUGUUUGGCUGUAGUUAGCUCAGAUGCUAAUAAUCAAGCUCAAACGUGUUACUGUCAAAACAAUUAACACUUUUGGGCUUGAAAGUUACCUUUAUAAAACCUUUUAAAUGGCUUUAACGUGUGUCAUUUUGAAUAUGAUUAGUUUUUUCCUAACAGUUGGCACCAGUGCUAAUCAGUUAGCAAGUGUUAUUUAAUCCAAAAAAUCAAAUAUCCUAAUAUGUUCACUCCUUUAUUAUUCCACUAAGACUAUUUUUUGUGAAAUGUAUUUAGUUACAUUUUGUAGUAGCGCUACGUGGCUAACAGCCUCCUGCUUAGUGUCAGAUGAGUUUUCAGGCUAAAAGCAGAAAGUUGUGACUGAACUCAUCACAACUUUCAAAUCUAAUCUGCUCAUUUAAAUAGUUGAAUUGUAAAUAGUUCUGGCUGUUUUUACUAUCUAGCAUAUUAGCUAGCUUGUUUUUAGCCACCUGUGUUUACUUGUAGUUUAGAAGUAAAUGCAAAGCUCUUGGUUUUUGUAGUUACUAGUUCAAAUAUAACCAUUUUUACUGUAUAUAUACUUAUUUCAACUUCAUUUUAUUUGAAAUGAUUUUUUAAUUAACAUUUUUAAUUAAACUUGUUGUACAGAUCUAAAUAUGAACUGAUAUUCCACCAAAUAUUCAACUUAUUUGUUAAAUAUUUGUAUUACAUUUUCAGUGGAAAACAGUGAGUGAUAUGUUUAAUUUCUGUUUUCAGUUGGUUUUAUGACUAUUUUGAUGUGCCUGCAGUAUUUUUCCACAGCAGAAAUUUGAAAUGAAAAUGAAAUGUGUGUAUAAAACUUUCCUUUAUGUGAUAUUAUGCUAAAUCAAAUGUCAUAGCUUUAUUUUUCCUCUUCAGCACAUGAAGGUUCAAGUAAAACUUGCACUGUAUCUGCCAAAGACCAGGUUCCUCACAGUGGGUUUCAUAACCAAUCUGAAACCAUAUUUUUGGGUUUUAAAUAGUUUUAUUUUAAAGUUUGAUAAAACUGUUUUGUAUUCUUGUUUCUUUGACAAGGACUGCAAAUACAUUUGCACACAUUAACUCUUAAA